AUGGAGACGGGCAGGAGCCGCGGCGGCGGCUGCGGCGGCGGCGGCGGCGCGGCUGUCAGCGAGCGCGGCGGCGGCGGCGGCGCGCGCGCGGGGGUCUGCAGGAGGCAGGAGCAGGCCGGGGCCCUCGUCGCAGACAUGGACUCGCAUUGUGAGUGCGCCGCGGAGACGCCCGCCGCAGAGCCGCCGUCGGGGAAGAUCAAUAAGGCUGCGUUCAAGUUAUUCAAGAAGAGGAAAUCGGGGGGCACCAUGCCCAGCAUUUUUGGGGUCAAAAACAAAGGGGAUGGGAAGAGCGCGGGGCCGGCGGGGAUGGUGAGAAGCAGGACCCACGACGGACUUGCGGAGGUACUGGUGCUGGAGGGCAGCAAGAAGGAGGAGCCGCCCGGCGGGGGCGACCACGGUGGGGCCCGGUCAAACCCCGGACCCCCCAAAGCCGCCGGGCCUGGCCUGGGCUCCCUGGCCAGCAGCUCGGUGGCCAAGUCCCACAGCUUCUUCUCCCUGCUGAAAAAGAACGGGCGAUCGGAGACCGGCAAGGGGGACCCUGCCGAGGCGAGCAAGGCUGGCGGCAAACAAAAGAGGGGUCUGAAAGGGAUCUUCAGCAGCAUGCGCUGGCACCGGAGGGACAAGCGCGGCAAGGAGGAGGAGGAGAAGGCGGCGCGCGCGGCGGGCCCGGGCAGCCUAGUCCUGCCCGGCUCGCUCACCGCCAGCCUGGAGUGCGUCAAGGAGGAGCCGCCCCGAACCGCGCGCCGCCCGGACAGCCCGGGCCAGGACGCCCCGCGACACGCAGCAGGUGAGCCCGAAGGGGGAGAGCAGGCGCCCGCGUCCGCCGAGCGCGCCCCGGCGCGGACCUGUCUCGAGGCCGCGAGCCCCGCCGGCCCUGGCGACCAAAGCGCCCGGGGAGAGGACGCCGAGGGGCAUUGGCGCGCGGAGAAGCCCGGGGCAGCCCUCGAGUCGGGAGCUGGUGAGGUCCAGGCGGCCGAGGAUGCGUCCAGGACAGGUGACGUUCCGAUAAAGACUGUCCCCCUUGUCGACUCCGAAGGUGGCAGCGGCCGGGCGUCUGCCGUCCCUGACCCUUCCUCUGUUGAUCCACCCUCAGACCCGUCGGCAGAUCGUAUUUGUUUGAUGUUUUCUGACGUGACUUCACUGAAAAGCUUUGACUCUCUUACAGGCUGUGGAGAUAUUAUUGCAGACCCAGAAGAAGAGGCAGGUCCCAGCUGUGACAAGCAUGCCCCCGGGCCAGGCAAGCCAGUGCUCUCUAAAAAGAACCCCAGCGAGGUGGCCUACCAAGGAGGAGGGGAGGAGAUGGCCAGCCCAGAUGAGGUGGACGACACCUAUCUCCCAGAAUUCUGGGACAUGUUGUCCCAGACCGAGGACCAAGGACAAGGGCCCCAAGAGGGCGCAGCGAAGGCGGCCACUGCUUCAGACACCAAGCUGGCCUCUGAGACCUCCAAUGAUGUCCGGUGCGGGGAAGUAGCCAAGGACGUGUCCUCUGUCAAGCGCAGGAGGCUCCACAAGAUCCCCAUUGAUCCUCAGCAGAAGGAGGAGCUCAAGCACCCCGAGAAGGAGCAUCAAGAAGGCGUUCCUAACAGCGACGAGGGCUACUGGGACUCCACCACUCCUGGUCCAGAAGAAGAUAGCGCCAGCAGCAGUAAGAAGGCCAUCAUUCCCAGGGAUAGCGACAGUGGCGAUGCCCUCUAUGAUCUCUACACUGAACCCGAAGGAAGCCCAGCUGCCGUUCCCGCCACGGAGGACCCACCCUGCUUAUCCCGGCUAAAGCCGGUGUCUCCAGGCACCAUCACCUGUCCACUGAGAACACCAGGCAGCUUGCUGAAGGACUCUAAAAUCCCUAUUAGCAUCAAACAUCUCUCCAAUCUUCCGUCCAGCCAUCCUGUGGUGCACCAGCAACCAGCCAGGAGUGAGAUGCCCAGAACAAAAAUCCCCGUUUCCAAAGUGCUGGUCCGCAGGGUCAGCAACCGGGGUUUGGCUGGGACCACCAUCAGGGCAGCAGCAUGCCAUGACAUUGCCAAAAAGUUGUGAGGUCUCCAAGGCCAAGGAGGAUGGAUGGGCCAUGUGUUAAGGAAUACAGCACUCCCUCGGAAACCACUGAAGGAAGCUCGCUUUGCCCAAAGCAAACAAUUUAGGACCCACCCUUCUCCACGUGGCCUAGCAGUCUUUGUUGGAGACAGGGAUAGGACACCCUGGGAAGGGAAUGUUACACCUGGAGUUCAGAUAAGUUCCUGAGGAUUCUUUUCUAGCACUUUCCUUUCUCUUUUAAACUUAAAAAAAACAUCUGUUUUUUUUUUUCUUCUUUUCUUUUUAACUCGUGGAUCACUCAGAAGUAGCCUUCCCUUGCUUUUGCAGAAAAUAAGAUUUAACCAAAUCUAGUGAAAAUAUCACACCAGGUUAUCAGGCUGUUCUAGAGUCAAGAGGGCCUUGAGGAAUCACUUAACAACAGGAUUCUUGCCUCUUUCCAGGAAAAAAAAGGGGGAAAAAAAAAACCCUUUGCUUAUCACUGUGUGGGAAACACCUGCAAAGCUCAAAGAUCCCUGUAGUUAUGUGAUGGGAAGAGGGGAAUGUUGGCUGCAGAGAACCUCACAACGUCCAGUUGCCAGAUACACAAAUAGGUAAACAUCUGUCUCUACGAAAACAGAAAGAUUCUAGUUUGGUUGGUUCAGAUCACUUGUCUGAGGAGAAAUAAAAGGCUAAUGAUUAGUUUAUGUGGUUUUUUUGUUUGUUUGUUUGCUUGUUUUUGAUUUUUGGAUUUACUUCUUCCUCUUGGUGCAAAAAUGAGGAUCAGGGAAUGAUCUCACUAAAUGCUAAAUACCCAGUAUUUUGUCAUGUGUGAACUUCAACCUUCUUACGUGUAGGUAAUGCAUAUUUUAACAGUUUGCCUCAUGGUUAACAUUUUACAACUCGUCAAUGAUGUAGAAUUUAGAGUCUGGUCUUAUAGCUGAGAUAUGAUGACAAACCAUUGUGAUUCUUUAUGCACUGUAGCCUGGGGCAGGGAUACUUCUGAUUUAGGAGGGUUCUUUGCAUAUAUAUCUAUAUAGAUGUGCUAUAUAUACAUAUAUAUACAUGUAUAUAUGUAUGUAUGUAUGUUACUGAUGCCCUUGAACAAUGCAUUACCUGGCCUUGGUUAACAGUCCAUUUCUCAGCCCAAACCAGAGAUUUUACCUUACUUAUAAAAUGUUGAAUCCAACCAUUUCCCCAAGGUUAGAGGAAGUGCGCAAUGAACAUAUGAAGAAGUAAUAGAAAAUACAAGUUUGAAACUAUUCAUUUGGCUUCUGCUGUAUAAACCUGUGCCUGAGACAGCUGUGUGCUUCCUGUGACACUGCCAGGCCUAAGCAAUUCUACUAAGUUAUUUUUGAGAAGUGGUUUGAUUCAAUACGUGCUUUCUAAUAUUUAGGCUGAAACGCCAAUGCCUUGGCAGUUUGAACAAUAUAGUGAAGGGGUUCCUCGAAUGCUCUUAGUGUCUGAUGAUUAAACUGAUGUCUUCUGGAGAUACAUUUGACUAAAGGGCUGGAGCUUCUCCCAGAGGUGCUGCGGCCCAUCAGGAAGAUGGCACAUAGCCCAGCGACCCUGCAUGUGUGUGAAAGAGAUGAGCACAGUGUGACUCGAGUUCCAGAGAGAUGCCUAAGAAAAGGUCUGCUAUUUUGUGUUUUAAGAUUUUAGUUCUAUUUUGUAAAAGAAGAAAAGAAGCUAAAUAUAUGAAAACUUAUUUUAAUAGUACGAAGGAAGCAAAAGUAAGUGGACAUCAAGGAAGACUUGAUAAGGCAUAAAGGAACCUGUUCCCAUUUUCAGUUUGUGGCGACUCCCUUAGAAGAGGGGGUAGAGGUCUGCUGCAUCCCUGAGUUAGAUUACUGACUUUUACUGUGUUGUCUCAGGUCCUUGAUGCUAUCGCCAAGCAAUGCAUUAAGUUUUAAUGUCCCUGUGUCUAGAGAUGAGACCCUCCAGGUACGCAUCACUCUCAGUGUUGGCCUCAUUCUCAGAAACCAUACAAGCAUCUCAGACAUGCUCAGGAAUCCAUCUGGAUAAAAACUACCAGACAGAAGACAUCUCAGAAUAGCUGGGGAUUUGACAAUAUUUUGAAAGUCACUUUGCCCUUGAGAAAAAAAAAAACUUUAAAUUUGAUUAGUAUUGAUAAACAUGUAUAACCUCCAAAAUGUUUGUUUCCCCCUAGAACCAGAGAGGAUAUAAAUUAUACUUCAAACAGGGAAACAAAAGAACUUUCUCCUUGUGCUUUUUCCUACAAAGAUUAGGCUCACCUUUGCACGACUGCAUGGCUGGGUUUUGUUUGCGCUUGUUCAGCUGUGUAGGAAAGGUAGCGUGUGAAGAAUGGCUUCAGCCCUUGUCAGAGGAAUGGCAGGUGGUUGCUGAGGCCCCUGAAGCCACUCCUUCAAGUGUUCCCAGUCACCCUCUAUGCCAUCCUCACUUUAGAAGUGAAGGAAAAGUUUAGCAAUAUUUACCUUAAUUUCCCCUGGCAAUUGACCAGUUACAAAAGACUUAAAGGGCUUUAUUUAUAAAAUUCUUUUCGCCACACUUCCCUCUGCCCCUGAUUUUUCCACUUUAUCCUGUACGUUUAAGACCAACACUCUGCCAGUCCAGUAAAGGACUUGACAGUGAACUAAAUGUCCUUAGUCGUUAGCAGGUAGCACAGUGGUCAGCUUUCUCCAAACGCAGAGUAGGGGUCAGAGCUGCUUUCUUGGGCCAAGGGUUAUUUUGUCUUAUCUGUGUUUAAAAGAAAUUUCUAGAUUUACAUGCGACUGUUUGUAAAUUUGUUAUCUAAUAGUCUUCUGAGAAUUUGACAGACUUCAUUUCUGACUUUUUAAGAGAAAGGUCAGACAUGAGCACAUGGGGAUUUCUUGGUAUGUACAGUUCUAAGGUCCAUUGGGUUGGCACUCUUUGGCUAAAGAACUGCCCCAAAUCAGCCAAAUCAAUUGUGGGGCAGGAAUUUGUCUGUUUAAUGGCUCUGCACAAGUAUCUUUAAUAUCUAACACACACACACACAUACACACAUACACACACAUACACACACAUACACACACACAUACACACACAUACAGACACACACACACACACACACACACACUUAAAGCCAAUUUAGUCCUGUCAUGGCUCUCCUGGCAGUGGAGGCUUUUAUUCUCCUCCAUCGUGGAGUGGGAGACAUUUCAUUUACCACAGCAUUUCCAAUAAUCACUAGAGGAAAGAAAUUUUUAUGACUUCAUGUACUAACAAUGCAAGGCAGACCAUCAGGACUCCCUUGAGAUGCAUUUUGCACAAAACUUACCUGCCUUCUGCCAUGCAAAUUCAGUGUUUCAUCCAUGCAGACGACGCCUUGCCCAGCUUAGAGGGCUUGCUCUCUCGUCUCAGUUCUUCACUUAUUGAAAUUAAUAUACAAAGAGCCCUUUGAUGACUCUGUUGUCGAAGUCAAAGGCUCUAUCAGGUGUUAAGAUUUCUUUGGCCAAACUUUCUAAGACUUUCCCUCUUCCCCUCUCUGAUCUCUCUGGGGAGGUCUUUAUUGAGAGUGUUACCUAAAGAGUUUGACUCCAGUGACUUUAUUUCUCCUGUUUCCACCAUAGUUAUCUGCCACCCUGGGGUAGUGCCAAUAUCACACUCCCCAUGUUGUUGGCCUUCUGGACUAUGUUAGCAUGUUUGGGAUCAUGAGACUAUCACAUGUUGUUGGCCUUCUGGACCAUGUUAGCAUGUUUGGGAUCAUGAGACUAUCACAUGUUGCUGGCCUUCUGGACCAUGUUAGCAUGUUUGGGAUCAUGAGACUAUCACAUGUUGUUGACCUUCUGGGUCAUGUUAGCAUGUUUGGGAUCAUGAGACUAUCACAUGUUGUUGACCUUCUGGGUCAUGUUAGCAUGUUUUGAUCCUUGCUUUUUCAGUCAUUGUCAAUGUCUUCCUUUCACUGGGAGUGUGAGGACUUGGCUCUCUGUGCUUGGUCCCUACUGAGACAUAAAGAGUCAUCUACACUCUGCUUCCCUCAUGAGUGUCAAAAAAAAAAAUUAACACAAGAAUUUUCCCGUUGCCUCUCCUUGUCACCAGGAUGGCCAGUGAGAAGGCUCUGCAUAAGAGAAUCCAAACACCUCAGCUAACCUUGGUCCUACUCUUUCUGGGCCCACUAAGAAAGGUCUCAAUUAUCUGUGUAAAAAUAUCUUAGUCAAAAUUAACUGAGUCAAAAUAUCUUAGACAUUUUGACUCGCUAUACAAAAACAUUGAUGAACCAGCGAGGGAUGAACAAGGUCUUAGCAGAGUGUCCCUUAGAUGCUGUGUGGCAGAGGGGCCUGCUCAGGAGGACCUCAGGGUGCUUAGUGUUUCCUCAGAGUGAUCGUUGAUUGUGUCACUUGGGUCUCUGCUCUCAAGACUUUUCAGUGGCUCUCAGUUCUAGAGCGCUUCUCUGGCCGUUCCAUUCUGGUGAUGGUUCAAGAGAAACAGUUUGUUGCAACAAAAGCCACUUAGAAAAGAAGUGAUUGCUCUGCCUGCAGAGAGAUGAAGCCUUAGAGAGGUGGUUUGGAAUUGAAUUAGGGAGAAGAGUUCUUUCUUGAAUGGAAACAGGGAAGGUUAAAGCAUCACAAAGCCUCCAGCUGACAUACAGCAGCUUUUAUGAUAUUGACUUGAAUACAAUCCAAAGCAUAUUUCCAGGAUAGUCACAGCAUCUAACAAUUUAAAAAAUCCAGUCCAGUUGGGGGCUUACAUGUGGCUGUGCUGUUAUUGGAUUUUCUUCAAUAUUCUUUAAAACACUUUCAUUUGACCCAUCUCUUCUUUGCAUGUUUUGCAUUUGUACUUUUUGCUUAUAGUUUUUAUGUUGGAGCAGAAUGGUGGUAAAUCAAGUCAUACAAAAUCUUCUAGUGGCCCAGCCCUUGCCUCUGUGUGCCGGUGCUCCUGGGAGCACUGAGUAACUCCACUUUCUUAACAGGUGUAUGAAGUGACAUUGUCUCCCUGAUGGGACUUUGAUUCAGACAAUCUGACCCUUUCAUUGCAGGCUCUCUCUCUUUCUCUCUCUCUCUCUUCCCCUCUUUCCGUAGUCUCUGAGGCAGGGUAACUGUUUAGUGUCCUAUGUAGUAACACAGGAGCUAAGAGCUGCUGACGUUACUGACCUCACUUCACUUCUAACAGGAAAAGCGAGCUCACAUCCAAGCUCAUGAAAUUAGCUUUGUGUCUAAGACAUUGGUGCUUGGGUCACAUACAGGGGAGCCUGUAGCUCCUUGUUCCUCUGUGCUCCAAAAGCAAACAAAUGGCUUCCUUCUCUUUGGAGCACCCUCUCCUUCCAGGGAUUAGCAUGGAAAGUACAGACACAAGUCUCUUCUGUUGUCAUGGCAACACCUCUUCCCCCGAUAAGAUUUUGGCCAUUCCAGGCACGCCUCACUUGCUUUCCUACCUUAAGCCUGAAGUAGCGUUGCUUUGAGUAAUUUGUGUUCCAUUCAUUGCAGUAAGAACAUUCAGCAUAAAGCCUGUCCUUUUCAGUUUUUACGUGUACAAUCCAGUACAUGUGACUACAGGCACACCACUUAGAGCAGGCCUCUAGAGUUUCCACACGCAGGAGUAAGGAGCAUUUUCUUGCUCACUGAUCAGCCAUGCCCCCUCCUCCAACCCUGCUAACCACCAUUCUGCUCUCUGAUUCUAGGAAUCGGACUGUUUUCAAUACCUCAGAGCAGUGGGAUUUGGUAGAUUUUAUGCUUGUGUGACUCGCAGCUUCACUGAGUGUAACGUCUCCCAGACAUCAUGCCUACCUUGUCAUAUGUUCAGGGCUUCUCCCUUUCUGGAUGCUGAUCCAGUUGCGCUGCCUGGAUACUGUCUUUUAUUUUUCCAGUUACCUGUCAAUAGACAUGAUAUUAUGUCUUGGCGGCCGUGGAUAAUGUCCUGCUGUACAUGAGAAUGGAAAUAGGUUUUCAAGAUCCUCACCUCAAGCCUUUCAGAUAAAUACCCCAAAGUGGAAUUGCUGGGCCACACAGUAAUUUUAAUUUUAAGCCUCUGAGGACCUUUUAUCAUGGUGUGUUUCCCACGGCAGAUGCAGCAUUUUACACCUCUAACAUCAGCACACAAGGGCCCAGCUUCUCCACCAUCAACUGCCUGUCUGUUUUCUUCUCAAAUGGAAAGCAGCUGAAUGCCCCUUUGCCCCGGUUCAAAUCUGUAGUCUAGAUGUAAGCACCUGCCAUCACAAGCCAUCUGUUCUGUUUCCCCAGUGGCCCUGGAAUCUUGAUCUACCUUUCCAGACUCAUUAAUUCGCUCAACUGGUACUUACUGAGCACAUCUGAUCAUUUUGUGGUUAAUUCUACGAUCGCCCAUAGGCUAGGCUUCCUAUAGUGUUAGAAAGGAAACUCUCUACUUUGUUUUACACCCUUGUCUCGAUCGCUCACAAGAACUAUGUAAGACUUGUUUGGGCUCCAUUUUCCAGACGAAAAAACUGAUUCUUGAGGAGGUUGAGGAUCACUGAGGCCUGAGUCACACAUGGAGUAACGGAUAGCGUUUGAACCUGACCCCAUAGCUCUGCCUUUAAUUAGAGAUCUUUGUUCGGCCGUCACACCCCUUUCAAAUUACUCAUUUUAAGGUAGAAACUGAUUGAUGUUCUCAACUAUAAGAUUCUGACUCCAUUUUUAUGGUGGUGGAAGUCAUUUAAAUGAUUCUUUCAUGUAAAACUGGACUUGGGUUUUAAAUAGCCAUUGAUGACCUUCAUAAAAAUCUAUGUUAGUGUCCAAAAGGUUGAUUUUUCCUAUCUAGGUCAGUUAAAACUGGGGGCCAUAGCCCCCAGUUAUUUAGAUUGUACGUAUGAACUGUAUAAUCUUAUCUCUGUUUUGCCAAGAAUAUAGCUAGAAAAGCAAUUUCAGUGGGGAAUCCAUUAAGCCUUGUUUCCUUUCUCUCUGAUCCCAGGGGGUGCCUUUCUCAGUGUUUAGGGGAAAUCAGUUUGAAAUUGCAUCAAUAUCACAACUAAAAAGAUUAUUUUACUCAUAUAUAUGCUACCUGCCUUUGGUCAACUUUUUCCGACUCAGUGAACGGGACACAGUGGGAGAAUCGAUGCUGGUCCUUCUUACGCUGUUGAACUGUAAGCUAGGAGGAGUCAGGAGUUGUAUGUAAUAAUUAACUUUCUGCUGGAAAUGAGAACACACAUUUCAGAUGCAGUUGUGGUGCCUGGGUCUUUGAGAUGCAUCCAACCUUCUCAGAGAUCUUCAUAUCUGGAUCACUUAAUAAACUAACGUAGAAAUACUAGAACAUGUGGCCCCAAAGCACAGGGUCAUGGAGGGCAAAUGCAGCUCAUCGCUGUGUACGGCGUGUACGAGGCUGGUAUCUGUGACGCGGCCUCGGAAGCCAGGUGGAAUUAAUGAGAGCUCUUAACUGCCUAAUAAAGAACUGCUGACCAUUUUCACUGCUUCCAGAAUAAAUUUAGUGGAGCUGAUCUGAUUGAUAGCUAGAGGUGGAUUCCGGCAGAAUGUUGGAGAGAAUGACUCUGACGACGUAGAAGCCCUGUCAUUUGUCAUCAGCGGCCCAGCAUGCCCCUGAUGAACUUCAGAUUGUCUGAUCCCCAGGCAGCAUCUCAGAGUGAUAUUAGGAAGUGCAGGCUGUCGGGCAGCGGUGACUAAGGAAAUCCAAGCAGAAACUCCCUGCAGGACAGCCUUCCUGAUGGAAGGGCCUUCCUGGCGGGAGAGCCUCUGAGGACAGGGCUUGGCUGCAUCACUUUUGUGCACAGGAGGAAAAUGGCUAGGAAUUGGUAGGCUUAUAUAUAUUAUUUUUAUAAUAGAAUGUUAAUCCUCUGAAAAACAUCAAAAAAGUUAGUCUUCUAGAAAGAACUCUAUGCUUUCCAAACCUACUUCAAAGAAGGGUUCUAAACACCGAUAGGGUCCUUUAUCCUUCGCUACUCCAAUGGUCUAAUGGGAUAGAUGAAUCGAUGUUUAUAUUUUUAAACCUGUAAAUAUUUUUAUUUUGAAUAUUUUGUAUAUUUGUUGAUAUACUUCCAUUUUGUGCAUAUGUACUAUUGUGCAUGUUGCUGGUUUUGACAGCCACUCUUUUAACAAAUGUAAGCAGGUUGGACGAAUGCACUCUCCGCUUCCAUUCACCUUACACUGAAAAUACAACGUUGUCACGUUAACUGUUGUGUUUAAAUCCUGUCAAUAAAUUCUGUCGCUCCU